AUGAAUGCGAAUCAAGAGUUGUUGCAAAAACUGCGGCGGCAGCGCCUUCGCAUGGGUGAGGAUGACCUACCUGCUCCAGUAGUGCCUGAGCCCUCUAGUCAUACACCAACCAGGAUGGUGCAGGAGCGUCAUCAAGGUGACCUCCAAUCCAAGCUCAAUAGGCAGCGCCAACGCAUGGGCGAAGCCAGUCAACCCGAGAAGGAGAAGCCUGAGAAACACCAGGCCCAAACUCAGCCAGUGGAGGCCCAUGUGAAGGUGAAGCAAAGGGCAAUGUCCUUUCUUGGCGGACAUGCUACUUCGGGGCCGUCAGGGGUCAAGCCUGGUCGCAUCAAUCUGUGCAGCUGGGAAGACAAGUGCCGAGCGCCGGGAAAGCCGACCUACACCAAACGGCUCAAGGAGGUCGUUGACGCAGACUUGAUGCCAACGGGCCUUCAGAGUGGGGCGAAUUUGGCGACGAUCAAUGAAGAAAGACGGAUUCGACAGGGCCAAACGGCUGUCCGAAGCAAAGAUGCAGAAGCUUGCCAUGCUUCAGCUGAAACAGAACACGUAGAAGCAUCCCCGGAGCAUGGGGAUGCUCCUUUAGAUGCAAUGUACCCUGAAGAAGAGGGCCCUUUGGGAAAAGAAAACUACGUGCAGUCAGCAGAAGCUGAAUCUGGACAGGCGAAGGAUGAUACAGAGGACGUCACGGCAAAGUCUCGCAAAGUCCGUGAAGCAGAGUGUUUCUUCAUGUGGGAUAGUGACGAUGAUACAUGCUCUUUGCAGGAGGAUCCGAUCUCGGAGAGGCAGUCUGCCAGGAACAAGGAAGCAGAGGAACCCUUGGAAUUCUCCAUGCUUGACUACCUCGCAGAAUUGCCGGAGGGAGUGGCUGAGAAGCUCCACAACUGCUUGAAAACGCAUGAAGAGUUAGUGAGACGUUUGUGCCAGCGAAACGACCUGCUGCGAGCACACAUUCGAAACCUCCGCCGGGAAGCGUCAGAGGUCAGAUCGGCUCCUUUCACUCCAUCAAACUUCAUAGCGCGCUCUCCAAGGUCUCCCCAGUCUCAGGCCGCCCUUCAAUCAAGCAGGGCUGCCGCCGAAUCGCGUCAAAAGCGACAACCUGUGGAGACAAAGAUUGAGGUGACGACAGCGACACCCGAUCGGGCAAGAUUCCGCGACGAGCAGCAUGAGGCAAAUCUUCGAGCACGACUGCAACGCACCAUUCGAGCCUCUCGAGAACGAGUACAGGCAAUGCAAAGGCGCGUGCAGCGAGAAGAGAUCCAGGUGAAGCAUCGCUUCGAGGCUGCUUUACAUACUCGCGAUGGUUUGGAAAAGAGUAUCAAGGCAGCACUCAAAGAGCAGGGCGUAGCCAGAGUCCGGAUCGGUGAACUUGAGGAAGCUAUGAACAUCGAGGCGAUGAAGUACCGUGCAAAGGAGAAGGAGCGUGACCAACUUCUAGAGAAGCAGAAUGCCAUGCGGAAUGAGAUCAAGGCAGGCCCUCCGGAACAGAGCAUUGAAACAUCAGCAAAGGGAGCGACGCAUCCAGGAUCUGCAAUGCGAAGUGGAGGCGCCUUGGAUGGUCUCUGGCGGAAGGCGAAGUUGCACAAGUGCAGUGAAGAUGUACAGGAUGCACAGUUUUGUCCUGCGCUGGAUGCUUCGAAGUCACCAAACGAUCACAACCGUUAUCGCCUUAUUGAAUUGAACAACGGCAUCCAAGCUUUGUUGGUGUCAAAUCUGGAUCAAAAGAAGCAGAAAGCUGCAUGUUCAUGCUGCGUCCAGGUGGGUUCGUUCAGCGAUCCAAGUCUGUGCCAAGGCUUGGCGCACUAUUGUGAGCACAUGAUCUUUCUGGGCAGCAAGAAAUAUCCCGGUGAAGCGGAAUUCGAAGAGUUCCUUUCAGAAAAUGCUGGUGAAUCCAAUGCCUACACCGAAUGCGAGUACACGUGUUUCUAUUUCCAUGUGAACUGCAAGGCGCUCCACAAGGCCCUGGACAUGUUCUCCCAGAUCUUCCAUCAGCCGCUCUUCACGCCAGACGCAUCCUCAAGAGAGUUGCAGGCAAUUGAAUCGGAAUUUCAAAAGAAAAGGAGGAGCGAUAGCGUUCGAGCGGAGACCCUAUUUGCAAGCUUUGCAUCUCCAGGACAUCCGUGGAGGCUGUUUGGCUGGGGGAAUUUGCAAAGUCUUGAUAAAGAGCCAAAGGAGCAGGGUGUGGAGCUUCACUCGGAGCUGCAGAGAUUCUUCGCAGAGCAGUACAAGGCUUGCCGAAUGCGCCUUUGCAUCUUUGGUAUUGAAGACCUGGAUGCUUUGGAGAGCGCUGUGUUCAAAAGCUUCGGGGCAGUGUCACCAUCUCCGUCAUCGCAGCUGGAUUUCAGCCAUCAUGGACUGCCCUUGGAAGAGCAGGAGCUGCCCAAACUUGUUCGCGCCCGACCAAUUCGUGAUGGUCAUACUCUUUGGAUGAGUUGGCAGCUGCCACCCCAGAUGCAGCAUUACCAGAGCAAGCCCGAAAGUUACCUCAGUAGCCUCAUAGGUGAUGAGGGACACGGCUCUAUCUUGUCGUACCUCAAGGAUGAGGGCUGGGCAUCAGAGCUCACUGCUGGAGCUGGUGGGGACAACUUCAGCCACAGCAGCAAUUCCAUGAUUUUCACUGUGGAGAUUGACCUCACAGACAAAGGUGUCAGCAAUUGGACCCAGGUGGCACGCACUGUUUUCCAAUACUUGGAGAUGCUUCGCCAGUAUCCUCGGGGCGGUUUGCCUGCGUACCUUCACGAAGAGAGGAAACAAAUUGCACAAAUGAGUUUUCAGUUCAUGCAGGAGAAGGAUCCAUCUGAUUUGGUCAUUGACUUGAGUGAACGCAUGCUGCCGAUAUAUCACCAUGAGCCGCAGCAUUUGCUGACGGCACCAUGGAUGUACACAGAAUUUCGAGAGGAUCUAGUCAGAUCGCUGCUUGAUGAUAUGACUCCGCGCAAAUGCUUCUUUAUGCUGAUGAGUAGCAGCUAUGGCAGAGCAGGUGUGGCGGACGACACCUCUGGAUCCGAAGCGACGGAGGAAUCAGAGAAACGAUCGGAUGUGGGGCCCAGCGUGUUGGAUAAUUUGUUUGAUCAAAGUGAGCCGCAAGUCGAGAGCCGAUUUGGGACAGAAUUCUGGGUAUCAACCAUUGAAGAGACGCUACUGGAGGAAUGGGAAUCUGCCCAGUUGCCAGCUCUGCACGUCCCAUCUCCAAACAAAUUCAUCGCUACGGACUUUACAAUCUCCCAAGAAGUUGCGCCAGUGGACGAGCUAUCUUCGGAUCUUCCACCAUCCACAGUUGCAGGAUUUCCUGUGAUGAGUGGCAGGCUUCUACCCACCCCUUGCUUGCUGAAGAAUGAGACAGAAGGUCCGAAGCUUUGGCAUUUGCCAUGUGGUUUGCGAUUUUCGCAGCCAAGAAGUCUGUUGAGCUUGGGGAUCACUUCUCCCCACUGUGUUUUUGACAGCAGCAAUGUGCGUAAAGAAGUGUUACUGGAGCUCUUGUCGGCUUGCUUGCAGGAUAGCUUGAACGAGACCUUCUACACGGCCUCCAAAGCGAAGCUUCAUUGUAGCUUCAACGACACCUCCUAUGGUCUGUCCUUGAGGGCUGGUGGCUUUAGCCAAAAGCUGUUGCAACUGGUGGAGACCAUGAUCCAAGGACUUUGGCUAAAGUCCUUUGCCCAAGACCGAUUCCAUUCACAGUGGGAGGAGCUUUGCCGAACUUACCGCAAUGCCUGGCUGAAACCUCAGGUUCAUUGCGCGCAACUUCGAAAGCUCCUUUUGUUGCCAACAGUUUCCAAGCCAUCGCAGCGGGAGGCAGAGCUGAGUACAUGUACUUUCUCGGAGCUCUACGAUUUUCUUGGAGAAUUUUACCAAAAGGUGGACUGCAAGUUGCUCAUUUCCGGCAACACCUCGAAGGAUGAAGCAAGCAGAUGGGUGGAAACUUCACUUGCCAACCAGCUGGUCAUGGAAAAAGUGGAUGUUCCAGAUUGGGAUGUGGUGCAACUGGAUCCUCGAACUGCUGCGGUGUGGCUGCAGCCUGCAAUCGACAACACACAAAGCAACUCCGCGAUCGAAAUCUAUUUCCAGCUCCCUGGGCGUGAUAGCUGGGCAUGGAACAAGGAUAUGGCUCGAAGAAGAGUCCUGUUGUCUUUGCUGGAAGACAUGAUGUAUGAGCCACUCUAUGAUGAGUUGCGCACCAAGCAGCAGCUUGGGUAUAGUGUGGGCUGCUGCCUCCGCGACACCUUCGGAGUUCAAGGCUUCAGUAUUUAUGUGCUGAGCGCACUUCAGCGACCUCCAGCUCUCCUGAGAUCCAUUGAGAGGUUCUUGCAGGACUUUGCUCGCCAAUUGCGUGAAUGGCCUGCUGAAAAGUUCACCAGUCAUAUUGUCGGCAUGGGAGGCAGACUGCUGGAGCCCAAACGCACAAUGGCGGAAUUCCAUGAUGCUUGCUGGUCAGAGAUUUCAUUUGGCCAUCCCACGUUCGACCGGACGGAGAGGGCCACUGCUUUGCUAGGAACUGUCCAGUCUUCAGAGCUUGUUGAUCUGUUUGAGAAAUACAUAGCUCCAGGUGGCAGUGGUCGAGCAUGCAUCGUCACAGCAGUGGUGCCAGCAGUGACUGGGGAGGACAGCGGUGCCCUUUGCUCGGCCCUGGGCGAUGGGCUAGGGCUCGCUGGACUGCAAGUGACUAGUGUGAGCAAUGAGACAAGCUUUCGAUCAAGCCACAAGCUAUUCUGCAGAAGAACCUGAGCCCAGAAGUGGCAGUUGGAUGCAGUUGGCACAUGUUGGCAGGAUAAA